AAGUAAACAAAUUUCUUACUUUCUUUUAUACACAAGCAACUGUAAUCAUACAAAUCAUUCUUAAAUUGUGCGUUUAUUUUAAGAAAUAUUUUAUCAGACAUUCUAACCAAUAAUCAAUCGCUGACCAUGUCCACAAAAGUUGGCGAUGUGCAAUAUCUGCGCUGUCUCAAGUGCCUGAAGACCAUCAAAUGUUCGCGCUAUGACACCGGUUGCUUGGUGCGUCAUGUGCAAACACAUCAUCCAGAGAUCAUAGAGAAUGCCAACGAUAAGGUGCAGAAUCUGCACAAGCUUGCUGCUGAGCAUGGCAUCAGCGAGGAGCGUUUGUCGCAGAUUAGCAAGAUGACGGGCAUAUCGGAGGCAGAAAUGGCAGACGAGGCAGAACGCUAUCUGGCCAAGCAUAAGCCGCCAAGUGGCAGUCAACCGUCCCAAAAGAGCGGCAGUCAAACAUGGCAGGAGCCGAAAAUCACCGACUCAAAGGACAUCAAUAGGCGACAAUAUUAUCGCAGCUCCAUUGAGCGUUGGCUGCCCACCGAUGGCUGCAUCUAUUGUCCCAGCUGCGGCUGCAAUCGUCGUCCGGUGUUGAGGAGCAGCUCUGAGUUUUAUUCGAGCACUGGCUGCCCGGCCUCGUGUGUGGCCAACUGUUGGCCUUUUUGCUUUCUGCCUUGUCUGACCUCGCCGGACAAUCGCGAGUAUUUGCAUUGCUCCAACUGCAAUAGCUUUCUGGGCAUCUACGAUCGCGAGCACAAUUGCAUUCGUCCCAAUCGCGAAUUUGUACCGCAUUAACUAUAUUUUUCUCACAGUGAAAUCUAUUCGAAGAAGUAACAUAAGCAUAUAAAUAUAUUUUAACUGCAAGCUA